CCAUCGUCCGUCUUUUUCAGUGACGCCGAACACGACGACAACGACGACAACGACCGACCUUUGCAUCACACCUCGACAUACCCACAACUAGAACUCACGCGACGAGGUCCACGACAAAGCAUAGGAAGCACAGCUCGCCAUGUCCACCCCCACCCCCACCCCCUCGCGCUUCGUCGUCGGCACGCGCAAGUCCAACCUCGCGCUCAUCCAGACGCAGUGGGUCGCCGACGCGCUCGCCGCCGCCAACUCGCCCGCGACGUUCCCCGUCGAGCACAUGACAACGCUGGGCGAUAGGAAUCAGACGACGCCGCUGCACGAGCUGUCGCCGUUCAACUCUGCGCAGCCGGCCAAGUCGCUCUGGACCGACGAGCUCGAGAGCGCGCUCCUCGACGGCCGGUUCGACCUCCUCGUCCACUCGUGCAAGGACGUGCCCACGGCCAUCCGCGACGGAUGCGAGUUUGCUGCCCUGCUCGAGCGCCACGACCCCCGCGACGCGUUCGUCGUCAAGCAGGGCCUGCCGUACAAGUCGCUCGACGAGCUGCCCGCUGGUAGUGUGAUUGGCACUGGCUCGGUGCGCCGCGUCGCCCAGCUGUCCCGCGCGUACCCCAAGCUCAAGUUUGCUGACAUGCGCGGCAACCUCAACACCCGCCUCGGCAAGCUCGACGCGCCCGACUCGCCGUUCGCGGCGCUCAUCCUCGCCAUCAGUGGCAUGGUGCGCCUCGGCGCCGGCGACCGGCUGACCGCGCCGCUCGAGUACCCCGUGCUGAUGCACGCCGUUGGGCAGGGCGCGCUCGCCGUCGAGAUCAGGCAAGGCGACGUCAAGACGCGCGAGGCGCUCCGCAAGGUCAGCCACUGGCAGACCGAGUGGCGUGUUGGCGCCGAGCGCGGCUUGCUGCGCGAGCUCGAGGGCGGCUGCUCCGUGCCCGUCGGCGUCGAGACGACGUUGACAGAGCUGCCCGCGGACGACGCCACGCCCGCGCACUACCCCGCCGACACGUUCCCCGCGCCGACGUCCGCCUCGCCCACGCUCCACUUCUCGGGCAUCCUGCCCACCACCACGCCCCUGCCCGUCGACGGCGAGACCCCCGCCCUCCAGACCCGCAGGGUCAAGCUCGACCUCAAGGCGUGCGUCACGUCCACCGACGGCUCAAGGCAUGUUCUGUACGAGCCUGGACCGGCCGUCAUCACGUCGUGGCGCGAGGCGGAGCGCUGGGGCGAGGAAUGCGCGCGCCAGCUGCGAACCCUCGGCGCGAGCGAGAUCCUCGAGGUCAUCGAGACGGACCGCAAGGCGCGCGAGGCUAGCGCGCUGGCCAAGGCGGCCGUGCUGCAGGCGCAGUCGGCGUAGGUUGUAGAGGGUGUUACGGAUUCAUACUACAUGUUGCAUAGGAUAUACCCCGCGGAAGAUGCAUAGUGU